AGCUGCCAAAUAACGCAAAUACACAACCACCUGUAGAGAGAGAAACAACAGAUUCUAGAGAGAGAAACAACAUCAACAACAUGGCGGCAACAGUCUCUUCUCCUUGGGCUAAGCCCGGCGCGUGGGCCUUAGACGCCGAGGAGCACGAAGAUGAACUCAAACAGCAACACCAACAAGAAUUGAAUUCCAAGGUUUCCUCCGGCGCCGAGUCCGAUUUCCCGUCGUUAUCCGCCGCCGCCACCAAACAGACCAAAAAGAAAAAGAGCCAACCAAUUUCUCUAGCCGAAUUCAACACCUACGGCGCCGCUAAACCCUCGUCGGCGUAUCAGCCUAAAGGGCUUACGCAUGAAGAUAUUCUCAGCCUCCCCACCGGCCCACGGCAGCGGUCCGCUGAGGAGCUGGAGAGCCAGAGGUCUCGGCUCGGCGGUGGAUUUAAAUCGUAUGGUGGCGGGAUGAGUAGUAAUGGGCGGAGCGGUGAGGAUUCUAGUAAUUCUUCUAGAUGGGGCGGCGGUUCUAGGGUUCCAAGGGAUUCGAGUAGUAGUAGAGAAUUAUUAGCGCCGUCACGUGCUGAUGAGAUUGAUGAUUGGUCGAAGAUGAAGAAAACGCCGUCGUUUGGGAAUGAAAGGAGGGAGAGGGGGGAGAGGGAGAGGGGAUCUUCCUUUUUCGAUUCGCAGUCGAAAGCUGAUGAAUCGGAGAGUUGGGUGUCGAAUAAGGCGGUGGAGACGCGGAGAUUUGGGGGCGGGUUUGAGAGGAGAGGGAGUUUUGAUUCGUUGUCGAGGGGUGAUAGAUUUGGGAGUAGUAAUGGUGGUGGUGGUGCUGAUGAUUCCGAUAGUUGGGGUAGGAGGAGAGAAGAAAGUAAUGGAAUUGGAGGUGGAAUUGGAGGUGGAAGUGCAACUGCAAGGCCGAAACUUGUGUUGCAGCCGCGCAGUUUGCCGGUGAGUAAUGAGAAUGAUGGUGGUGCGAAACCUAAAGGGUCUAGUCCUUUUGGUGACGCGAGGCCAAGAGAGGAGGUUUUGGCUGAGAAAGGAAAAGAUUGGAAAGAAAUUGAUGAGAAGUUGGAGUCUGUGAAGAUUAGUGGUGCUAAAGAAGUCGAAAGAGGAGCAUGGAGUUUUAGCAAUGGGCGUGCGGAUUCUGGUAGGGAGCCAAGGACCUGGAGGAAGCCUGAUGUUGCUGCUGAUGAUUCAAAUUCGCGUCCUGAGAGUGCUGCGGCCAGUGAGAAUGGUAAUGUUUCCGAGAAUGGGCACAAUACUGAGGGAGAGCAUGCCGAUGGAAACUAAAGAAUGAAUUAUACGCAUUGGUGAAGCUGUGGGAUUGAGGGAUAAGAAGUGGAAGAUUAGGGGACUUGAAUUAAUUAGUAGUCCAAUAUGUUUUGUUUAAUUAAAUUAUUUGUAUGAGUUUUUUUUUUCAGAACUGUCAAACUGGUAAACACAGUGUGGAGACAAUUUUGGGUAUUUUCUUUUUGUAGUAAUUUAACACUGAUUUAGCCUUAACGGCGUGUGUUUUUUGCAGCUGGUGUAGGAUUAAGAGUGGUCUGUCUGUGUUAUUCCAUUACUAGUUUCUUCAUAUUGAAGUCAAUUUUGCCCCUUUUUAUGUUCAGACAUUGUUAAAAACGUUGUUUAUGUUUAAUAUAUCUAAUGUUUGUUGCUUA